UCGAACGAGGCAAGCCGGCACGAAGAAGUCACGGUGGACUCACUGAAAUGGGACAGAACGCAGCCUGGAGGUAAAUUAGCCGCGAUGUCCAAUAAGAGUAAGUCCCAGCCGCAGCAGCAGCAUCCUUCGCACGUGAUCAAGUCGCCAGUGGAGCAAGUGCCACCGCGAUACCAGCCGCCGCCGCAACCAACCGGUGGCAUCCUCAAGAAUCAUCCACACUUCGGUACAGGCCCGUCCGUACCUACGUCGUGCUCCUCCGCCACUGUUCAAGGUCCCGUCGCGGCCUUGAAUCAUCAUCAACCGGCGCAACCACGAGCCGUGCCUCAACAGAAGGAUGUGCAGAGUAAAUACUCACCGAGGAUAGAGCAUCGACAUCAUCCCCAAGGUGGGAACACAUUGACCGCGCCUGUGUCCAAAACGCAUAGUUACCUUCAGGCCAAGGUCGGCCAAGGUCAGUACUUGCCACCUAACGGUCAGUAUCCCACGGUAAACACUGCACAGACACCGCCGCUCAGACAAAGGAUCACCGACGACGAGUUCCUCAGGCUCGGACCCGUGGAGAUGCUCAAGUUUGUCCGGAAGACCGAGAGCGACAUCGCGAGGCUCGCCGCCGAGCAGAAUCGCCAGAUACAGAGCUUGCUCGGCGAGCUUCGAGCAUUGAAGGAGGCAAACCAAAGAUUAAGCGAUGAUAAUCAAGAACUGAGAGAUCUGUGUUGCUUUUUGGACGACGAUCGACAGAAGGGCCGCAAGUUAGCCAGAGAAUGGCAAAGAUUUGGAAGAUACACGGCGAGCGUUAUGCGACAGGAAGUCUCCGCUUACCAAAAUAAAUUGCGUCAAUUGGACAAUAAACAGCAGGAGCUGAUCAAAGAUAAUCUCGAGCUGAAGGAACUGUGUCUCUAUUUGGACGAAGAGAGAGGAGGUGGUCAAAGGGACGACGGAGAUGGUUCUAGUUCAAGCACCAACGCUGAAGAAACUGCACCACCGAGACCUAGGCAUACAUCUACGUUUAAUGAUCAAACUAUGCAGUAUGUAAGGAGUCUAGAGCAACGGGUGAAACAACUGGAAGAAGAUAAAAGUGUUCUACAAGCACGUGCCCAAGGUUGGGAAGUACCACCCGGUGAAAUCUGGGAUAAUCAAAAUAGUCCAGGAGAAAAUCCUCACAUAGGAGGUCGACCGGAAGCUGUGGUACGAGCUCUUCAGGUUCUUGAAGUUAGAGAACAGCUUGAAAGAGAAGGUGGCCACGACGGUGAAAAGGCUUUGGUUAGAGAAAUGUGCAAUGUUGUUUGGCGGAAAUUGGAGGAAGGUCCACAAACGAGGCAUUGA